AUGACGGUCGUCCACACGAAGUCUGCAUCCGCGCCCCUUCACGCGGCUGCUGUCCAUGCUAAGGGUGGAGGCCCCGCGGUCUACCCUAAGCCGUCCCUUGGUUCAGCGGCGUCCACGGCAUCCAAGUCCCACGUCCCCGGCUCAGGUGUGCCUUCCACCACAGAAAAGAACCAAGGGCAGCCCGAUGUGAGGGUGAACGUCACCAAGAUCAUGAUUUGCCUGCUCAUCUUCACUAUCAUUGUCCAGGUGCUUCUUUUCGGCCACUUCGCCGAAUCUGCUAUCUUCAGCAUACCGGCUUUUCUCUGGAUCUACAUUACCAUGGCCAUCACACGAGCGGGCUUCUUCUACGUCUGCUGCGUGGCAGUCGCUUCUCUGUACUACAGCUUGUGCUUCUGGCAGGUGGGGGAAGUUCCGGCGCACAGGUACUCAACGUGGUUGAUGCCAAUGGCCCCCAAGGCGGCCAUCAGGUUCACGGUCGUGAACGGUUUCUGGUUGAUCGUGGCCAUAUUCAUUCUGCGCUGCGCCGAGUCACUUGCCCUUGCUUGCGACGACCAUGAUCACGGCAAGCGGUUGUCCAACAUGAUGCUGUUACUGUGCCUCUACGGGUACAGCAUGGCGAUAGCUACAAGCGACGAAAGGGGACGACGCUCGGGCCAGAGCUCGCGUGAGCCUUCCCUGUCAAAGCAUACCAUGAUAUCCCCACUCGUGACACCGAUGAAGCCUAAACAAGUGCCACCACCAGUACUGCCAGCGUCAGCAAUGCUAGCAUCAGCAGUGUCAGGAUCUGCACCACGAGCAUCUUUACUGCCAGCACCAGCAGCGCCAGCAUCAGGAGUGUCAGCAUCUACACUGCCAGCAUCAGCACUUCCGGCAUCAGAAAAGCAACCGCCACCAGAACCUCCAGAGAAAAUGCCAACGCCAUCAGCGGCCCCACAACUAGCGAAGCGACCGUCAGAUCAUCGAGUACCACCGGAGCAGCCGCCAGCACCCCAAAUACCUACGAAGCGGACGUCAGCAUCAGUCAGCGACGACAAAACAGGCACGAAAAAGGAAGGUCAGUGUGAUGACCAGAAGCAGAAGCGCGAGCCUAGUAGGGCAGCGCAACCCGCACCCUCUCCCGUGAUGCAGACCAUUGCGAGAAUCAAGGUCGGCUUCCAAUACGUGCGUGGGCGGUGUGCACAAUUUAGACGCACUCCCAUCACGGCUCCGGUUGUAAAGCUCGCUAGGUUUCUCGGCACUCCGAGUCAAAGGACUGGACAGUCUGACGAAGACGCAGCUCACAUUGCACAGAAAGUGACCCAAGCGCAGAGACAAAAAUCCACGCCGAGCAGCACGUCAGCCAGAAAGGCGCAGUUGAUCAAUGCGCCGUACGUGAAUUUGAAUGUUAAGUUUGAAAGCGCGCUCUGCGCAGUUGCUCGUGGCAGUGGAGCUGAUGCGACAGAAACAGUUGAAAGAAUGCCACAAGAAACAUCAACGCAGGCAUCACAGCACGAACUGAUAAAGGAACCUGAGCCAUCGGAAUCGGUGGAAAGAGCGCAGCUCUUCAAGACACGGGAAUUGAAUCUCAACGCCAUGUUCGAGGAUCCACAGUCGGCCUUUCCAGGAGGCACUCAGCGCCGGCUCAUGUCAGCGACGACAACGAAGUCGCAGCAACAGCAAGGAUCGUGCCUCGAGGUAAAAGAACCAGCUCGUGAAACGUCGGAGUCAGGACUAUUGGCAAGGCAGGGUACAACGGAUAGGCAAGAUGAUGCACGAAGCCAGAAAAGCGCCGAAGAGGAGUUUAAGCCGUACGUGCAAAUACGGGCCAUGUUCGAGCCAUUACUGCGCGAGAAGAGUCCGGAAAGAGAAGACAUUUCUGCCACCGUCGGAGGGCACCUGCAGACCCGUAUAACGCGCUCACGAUCACCUUGGAUGCACGGAAUUGCUGCAAAAGUCGAGAGGCACUUGCAGCAACAGAUGCAGCCGCACAGUUUUGUAAGCAUUACGACGGGAACAAGAAGCACCGGCGCAUCGGCGCCUCAGCGUCCAGCGUACUACUGCCUUCCCCCGCCCCCUAGUGGUGCCAGAACGGCGAUAGGCUCGCUGUCACCGCUUCCGCGACUUCGCGAUGAUGGUGCACAGACAAAAGCGAACGCCGGUCGCCGAUGGCCUGUAGUAGUGCCGCCAUCGCACUUGCCGCAGCCGCGAACUGCGGGAACGGGAACAGUACAUCAGGAAACACCGGUAAUAUUGGGACACGACGCAGACGGGCAGCUCAAGCAAGCGCCGUGGCGUGACCCCAGACUAAAGGCCCUGCAGUCGGUGCUCAUAAAAGCCAGCUUCACUCCACUAGUGCAGGAUAAAACGGUACCGGCAGAAGGGCACAGCCAUGCCACGACGCAGCCAACACAAGGCCUCUUCGGAGUUAUUGCCAAUGAUUCACCAACGUCGCCACCUUCAUUGCCUUCGGUGCCACCACCACCGCUACCGCCGCCACCGCCAAACCCACGCCGAAGAAAUGAACCAUAUUUCAAUCUUGCCGAGCUGGCCGAAGAACAUCACGUGCCGACAUGUGUGGUUCGAGGUAGCAUCACGAAGUUUCUUUUUAAGCAGGCAGAGAAAAAGUCGCAGGAGUCACAACAGCCUGCCGACUCUGCAUAUCUCCAGACAGCGACGGAAGAGUUGCUGAAACCCCCAGAAGGUCCGCCGAAAUGUGUGGAUGACUUGCUCAGAGUACCGCAAGAACUGCCAAAACUUCCAGCUGGUCAACCGCAAAUUCUGCAAAAACUCCCUCGAGCUGAGGCAGAUCCACUGGAAGCUCCAUCGGCUCCGUCAGAUGAUCCGAUGAGCGUUUCUGGUGCUCUGAAAGAUCAGAAGAAAGCGCCAGUAGAGCCACCACAAGCUGCAGAAAACUAUCCUAAAGCCCCUCAAGACGAUCGACGGAAAGCGCCGGAAGAGCCACCGAGAGCUGCAGAAGGCCAGCCUGUAGCCCCCCAAAAAUAUCAACAGGAAGCAUCAGAAGAGCCACUGGAAGCUGCAGAAGGGCAGCCUAAAGCCCUUCUAGAAGAUCACCAGAAAGAACUAGAAGGACCACCGCAAGCCGCAAAGGGCCAGCCCGAAACCGCUGCAGAAGAGCGACAGAAAGCACCAGAAGGGCCACCGCAAGCUGCAGAAGGUGAGCCCAAAGCUCCUCAAGAAGACCGGAAGAAAGCAGCAGGAAAGUCACUGCAAUCUGCAGAAGGCCAACCUAAAUAUCUUCAACAAGAUCACUGGAAAGCAUCAGAAGAGCCACUGCAAGCUGCAGAGGGCCAGCCCGAAGUCACUGCAGAAGAGCGGCAAAAAGCAGCGGAAGCGCCACCGCAGGCUACAAAAGGCCAGCCUAAAACACCUCAAGAAGAGCCGCAGGAUGCAGCAGAACAGCCACCACAAGCUGCAGAGGAUCAUCUUAAGUUUCCUGAAAAAUAUCAGCAGGCUAAAGCUCCUCAACAAGAACACCAGAAAGCACCAGAAGUACCACCGAGAACUACACAAGGCCAGCCUAAAGCCCCUCAGAAAGAUCAGCAGAAGGCACCAGAAAAGUUACCAAAAGCUGCAGAAGAGGUACAUAACACCCCUCAAAAAGAGUGCCAGAAAGCAGCGGAAGAGCCACCGCAAGCUGCACAAAUCCUGCCUAAGGCCUCAGCAGAGUUGCUUCCCAGAGCUCUGCCAGAAUUGUCGUCAGCUCGGCCGGAAGCCGCCAGAGAGCCACUGGGCGCUGAAGGCCCGAAAUAG